UAACACCCCUCCUCCCAUGUUUGGUUUAGAUGGUUCGAGCUUAUUUGCUGUGGCAACGUGACAGAUUAUUGUCCUCGUGUACGAUAACGCAACGAGAAGAGACACUGUGUGGAUGCGCGUUAGCGUUUUUGAGCUUCAAACCUGCCCUUUAUGGAACACUUGUGAACACGCGGCGCUUUGUCAUUGAAACGCUCGUCAGAUUGUUUCCUCGUCGCUCCGAUACGUCAGAGCUCCAGCAUCCUGACAUCUCUCUGGGAGCGCGUUCGUUCUGCCCUCAUAUCCCCUCUACCUGGUAAUGUUACGUGAGUAUACAGCUGCAGCAGGAUACACUUGCAGUCAUUUGGGUUUUAAUACCUGUGACCAGCCGUCGCGUCGCACAAAAACGUGUCUGUCUUCGGAAACUUGAGGGCUAUGCACGCGUUUGCCCUUAUCUAACUCUGACGGCGAAUCUUUCUGUCGCUCACCGUCGCUUUGUGCGCUAAACUAAAAUGGACAGGUUGCAUUCUUCCAUGCGCAAGCGUCUUUACAGCUUGCCCCAUCAAUUUGGAAAUAAAUUGGACGAAGGCGACGCGGACGCGCGGAGGAAGAGCGUACGCAUGAAGUCGCUGGCGCCUUCAGUCUCUCCAGAGGCCGCGAGCGUCGAUCCAGACGCACCUGGUGCGCUCAGAGGCAACGCGAACGGAGACUGCCGGAGGUUUAAAGGUAGUCUGUCGUCCGUCACCAGCCGCCACGGAGCGGACGCCGAAGCGCACGAGCAGAAGCGCCUCAUCGCUGAAGAGGAAGACGACGACGGCGGUGGAGGAGACGGAAGUCCAGAAGAAGAUGAUGGAGCAGCGGCGGCGGGCGCGCGCGGCGCUGCUGGCGGUGGCGCGGAGAGCCAGCGCUCGGCCUCGGAUGAGCACGCGACUUUCAUUAAGUUGGAGGGCAUCGAGCAGAUGGCGCCCGACGACGAGCGCCUCUACCACUCCGGCUUCGUGCACCGACAGCUGGGCGCCAUGCUGCAGCCAGGAGUCAACAAGUUCUCUCUCCGCAUGUUCGGUAGUGAGAAGGCGGUGGAGCGCGAGCAGGAGCGAGUCAAAUCGGUCGGGUCAUGGAUCAUUCACCCGUACAGCGACUUUAGGUUCUAUUGGGACCUGAUCAUGCUUCUUUUAAUGGUUGGAAAUCUGAUCAUCAUCCCAGUGGGCAUCACAUUCUUCAAAGAUGAACAUACGCCGGCCUGGAUUGUUUUCAACGUGGUCUCUGAUACCUUCUUUUUAGUGGACCUUGUCCUGAACUUCAGGACUGGCAUUGUGAAGGAGGAAAGCACAGAGAUCAUCCUGGACCCACAGCAGAUAAAGGUGAGGUACCUGCGCAGCUGGUUUGCCGUGGACUUUAUCUCCUCCAUUCCUGUAGAUUACAUCUUCCUCAUCGUUGAGACACGGAUUGACUCAGACUUCUACAAGACAGCCAGAGCUUUGAGGAUUGUUCGCUUUACGAAGAUUCUGAGUUUGCUCAGGUUGCUGCGACUGUCCCGCCUCAUCAGAUACAUUCAUCAGUGGGAGGAGAUUUUUCACAUGACCUAUGACCUGGCUAGUGCUAUGGUGCGUAUAGUGAAUCUGAUUGGUAUGAUGCUGUUGCUGUGCCACUGGGAUGGCUGUCUGCAGUUCCUUGUGCCUAUGCUUCAGGACUUUCCUGCCGACUGCUGGGUAUCCAAAAACAAAAUGGUGAAUGAUACUUGGGGUCAACAGUACUCCUACGCCCUGUUUAAGGCUAUGAGCCACAUGCUGUGUAUUGGGUAUGGCAUGUACCCACCCGUGGGCAUGACAGACGUGUGGCUGACCAUCCUCAGCAUGAUUGUGGGUGCCACCUGCUAUGCCAUGUUUGUAGGUCAUGCCACUGCCCUUAUUCAAUCACUAGACUCGUCUCGGCGGCAAUACCAGGAGAAGUAUAAACAAGUGGAGCAGUACAUGUCCUUCCACAAGCUUCCUGCUGACAUGCGCCAAAGGAUCCAUGACUACUAUGAGCACCGUUAUCAGGGCAAGAUGUUCGAUGAGGAGAGCAUUCUUGGAGAGCUAAAUGAGCCACUCCGAGAGGAAAUCAUCAGUUUCAACUGUCGAAAGCUGGUAGCCACUAUGCCCUUGUUUGCUAAUGCGGAUCCCAACUUUGUAACCUCCAUGCUUACCAAACUACGCUUUGAAGUCUUCCAGCCAGGAGACUACAUCAUUCGGGAAGGCACCAUAGGAAAGAAAAUGUAUUUUAUCCAACAUGGCAUGUUAACUGUUCAGACCAAGGGCAGUAAAGAUACAAAGCUUUCAGAUGGGUCUUACUUUGGAGAGAUUUGUUUGCUGACUCUGGGCAGAAGAACAGCCAGUGUGAGAGCAGAGACAUACUGCCGUCUGUACUCUCUGUCUGUGGACAACUUUAACGAAGUGUUGGAAGAGUAUCCAAUGAUGCGUCGGGCUUUUGAAACAGUAGCCCUUGAUCGUCUAGACCGCAUUGGAAAGAAAAACUCUGUUCUUCAGACCAAAGUGCAGCGAGAUCUCAACUCAGGUGUGCUGAACUUUCAGGAGAAUGAAAUCAUCCAGCAGAUUGUACAGCAUGAUAGGGACAUGGCUCUCUGUGCCCACCUAAUGCAGACCCCCUCACUAGGUGCUCACACAACUCCAGCUCCUUCUACUCACACUCCAGUUAUCUGGGCUCCUCUUAUCCAGGCUCCACUCCAAGCUGCUGCAGCCACUACCUCAGUGGCCAUUGCCCUUACCCGCCAUCCACAUCUGCCUCAUACACUUUUCCGGCCACCUGUACCCAUGUUGAGUUCACUGAAAGAUCCACCAGGCCAUUUUAAAAGGUUUCCAGUGGUUUCUGGUGUUACUGCAUUGGGUAGCUCAUCCUCUGGUGCGAGUUCUCAACUUGGACCUGGUGUGGAGACACCUAUUUUGGAUUCACUGAGAGCCAAGAGUUCUGCAACAUCUUCUUCACCCCCUUUGCCUUCUGCCUCCAGUUCUUUGCUGUCUUCCACAACAACCACAAUUACCACAAUCACAUCCAGCAUCAGCGAGGCUUCCACUUUUUCCCAAAGACCCCUCAGCACCUAUGGCUCUGGAUUCUCCAGUGUUGCUCAACUUCAUCCCCAACCUAAGCUUCCACAUGCUUCAUUCUCCAGCAUUACUGCGCCACUGCCUGGUUUCUUUCAACAAGGGGCAGUAGGUAGAGACCUGGCACAAUUUGCCAUUCCCUCUGCCUCUACCAUCACUCCUUUGAUAGCCCACUCCAUUAGCCCUAUACUGACACAACUGCAGUCCACUCAGCCCAAGCCUCCUCAAGUUAAGUACAUUCAGGAAGUGAGCAAACCAGUUAGGACAACCACUCCAUCACCUCCUACUGGAUCCCCACUUUUCUCUGCAAAUGUCUUAGAGCCAACUGUCCCAAACCCACAGACUCAGGAGUCACAAAGCAGAGAUCAUCCCCCACGACUAUCACAUGAACCAUCUGUUUUGGCUUCACUUGCUCAGUAUGGCUCUGGAAAUGCUUCCCCUUGUAGCACCCCACCAGCUUGGAGCCCUACAUUCCAGAGUCCUAUGGUGCAGAGAAAGCGGACACCCAUUAAUAGCAAUCCCUCGAGUACCUCAGGAUCCCAAAGCUCUCUCCUGUCCCCACAGAUCCUUUGUACUCUGCCAUCACAGUCACAAGAGAAGGUUGGGUCUCUGGUUAAUCUCCCUUCUCAAGAUGUCAGCAGUAUUUCCAUAUCACUUCCUUCCCCACAACUCUUUGACAGGCCCAAACUAGUAAGACAAGGCCCACAUGUCCCAGAUCAGUCACAUCCUGUAACAGUGUCUGGAUUUAGCCAUACCUCUUUCCCAACCCCUGUUACCAUGUAUAGUUCAAUACCUGGCCAUGUGACACUGUCAAGACAGACUUCCAAAGUGUCCCAAGCCCAGACUGGGUCUUCUAGUGGUCCUGGGUCUCGGGACAGUUCCAUUCCAGGGACACCAAGCUUACAGCCCAAACUCCCAUCAAACUUAUGAGAAUGGAAUAAACCCUUGUCUAUUGUACAAACUAUGUUUUUUAUUAAUGAACAAUAUCUAUCAAAGAACAUAGGUUUUAUGGCAUCAAGAAGAUGUUUGUCUACUUGUAUUUAUAACCGUGCAAUGACUACUUCUCUAUAAUGCCAAAUGAAGAAAUAGAUAGGUGUCUGAUGAUUGAAUGAGAGUGUGUGUUUGUGACUGGGCGGUGUACUAUCCAGUGUACUAUUUGACUUUGUCUUCCAAGUUCUUUAGCAAUUUUGCAAUACUUACGAUGGUGAUAUUAUGUAGGGAUAUGCAACAAUAGCAGUUUCCAAAAAAAAAAACACCAUUAAACCAGAACAGUAAUAACAGGGUUAUGGGUGGUCCUUGGGAAGUAUGCUGGAAAAGGGAUGCAAAUAUUAUUCUUGCUAUAUAUCAUAUCAUUGUGAUGAAAGAACACUUACUAAAGAUCUCACUUAUCAGGUUUGGGAUUCAAAUAAACAUGCAGACAUUGUCAUGUUCAAUAUCAGACAUCCACUGACCGUGUCACUAGACCUUCCCACAUCUACACUUCCUUGUUAACCAAGGCACACUGCUCAGUAUCUAUGGCCUUUCCUUUUUUAACAGCACUGCCUUAGAGUCUGAACGACCAGGGAAUGAUCCCUUCACUUCCACUGCAAAAGAGAUAAGAUAAAGAAUGUAUUGCAAUCAUUUUAUAUGUGCUUUGUAUGUGUACAUGUGCAGUACUUAAGCAAUAAAACUGUAUGCUUGAUUUUGUACCUGCACAGAGACUUGUACAUUACAGCUUUCUUACUAAUAAAGAAAAUAUAUAGGCUCAUAAAGAUGAUUGAUUAAUGAUAUAAUAUUGAUAUGAUAUUGUGAUAUAAGCCAAUUUAAUGCCAAAGCUUGUGUUUCCAGGCCUGCAACUGUAAAUUUGCAUUGUGAUUGUUUCAUAUCCUGAAAAAUACCACAUACUCCACACUGUGAUGGACUAGCUGUGACCCUGACUAGGAUAGGAUCCAACAUGACCCUGACUAGGAUAAAGGCAAUGACUAAAUGAUGAAUGAAUGAUGAAUGAGCAUAUUCCACAUUUUACAUAGCAUUAUUUCAGUAACACUAUUAUUUAAAAUCUAUUUGUAAACAAUAUUGAACUUUGUCUAUACAGUAAUAAAGGCCAUACUCGGAACAGACAGCAUAGAACUGAGAAGUGUCCUUACGUUUUGAGCAUUGGUUGUACUGCUGGAUUACGCAUUUGUGAUGUAAUGCUGAAUGCACUGCACAUGAUCUGAAACCUGCAGGACCUGAAAUACUUCAUGUGGAGUUUUGAAUUCAGUCCAUAAAUUUAUUGUCCAGUGAGAUCCAUUUCAUUGUAUUGAAUUGUCUGUAUCUUAAACUAUAAUGUUUGUUAGUAUAUAUGUUUGUUUGAUUUGUUGAGAAGCCGUACUUGACAGAUGACAACUCAAAAACUAAAAAAUGUGUUCACUUUGGAUUUUUUAAGCUUGUGCUAAACUGAAUAAUAGUAUUCAUAAUAGUAUUACCUUAUACACUACCUCAAUUCUUUUCUCCUUUUUUUUGCGUUUUCAUCUAUAUAUCUACAUAAACAAAAUAAACAUGGCAGUGAUACACAGUCCUAGAUAUUAACUAAUCUAGCAUCAGAAUCAAUUACCCUAUUUAUCAUGGAGUAAUAUUAAGUACUCUGUGGAGAUUAGGAUGUUAUGUGCAUGUGUGCUCAUGUGUAUAAGUCUGUGUGCAUGUCAGUUUAUUCAUACAAUAUGUGUCUAUUAUUUUUAUGAAAAAAAUGUAUAAUAGCAUUAACAACUUGCUAUAUUGUUUGAUUUUGUUUUAUGUUUAAGUUUAUUUAAGUGUUUUUAAGUCAUUCUAGAAUGGCUAUCAAGAAGGUCAAGUGAAAAGGGUCACUUGCAUCAAAUUUCAUUUUUAAAGGCUUUUAUUAA